AUGGGUGAAAUGAAAUGGACAUUGCCCUUUUCAAGACUAAAGAAAAUUAUUAUUUUGCUAUUGAUUAUAGUAUACACAACUUCUGCUGCUAAAGCUGAGGACUGUAAAACUGCAUCCCACGAAGACAACACGUUCACAUGGGCGGAUUAUUUGGUCUUGGGUUCCAUGUUGGUGGUUUCAUGUGGAAUUGGGGUUUUUUAUGGGUUCUGUGGAUCAAAACAUGAAAGUAGCCACGAUUUUCUAUUGGGAGGAAGUUCCAUGGGCACGUUUCCUAUGGCCAUGUCACUUGCUGCCAGUUUUGUCACCGCGGUGGAACUUUUGGGCAACCCAGCGGAGAUGUACACUCACGGUUCUCAAUUUUGGGCGAUUUGCCUCGCUUUCUUAAUGGUUGUGCCGAUUACCUCGAAACUCUACCUACCAGUAUUUAUGCAGCUUCGUUUGACCAGCAGCUACGAGUAUUUCGCUUUGAGAUUCGCACCCGGCAUUCGGUACCUUGCCAGCGCAUUGUACAUCUUGCAGAUGGUCUUGUACACCAGCGUGGCUGUGUAUGCGCCUGCUCUUGCGUUAAGUCGUGUAACUGGAUUAAACGUGUAUUUAGCCGUAACAGUUGUCUACAUUGUAUGCAUUUUUUAUGCGUCACAGGGUGGAAUGAAAGCGGUCAUUAUUGCGGACACAUUCCAAGCAAUAGUGCUGAUAGGCUCACUAAUAGUGAUAGCAUAUUUAGGAGAAAAAUAUAUUGGAGGGCCAGCUCCUCUAUGGUCGGAAAAUUUCAAUACUGGCCGCUUGGAACUAUUCAAUUUUGAUGCAGACUUCACAAUCCGUCACAGUUUUUGGUCGGUCGUGAUUGGUGGAACUUUUUACUGGUUGACGAUGUUCUGCUCGAACCAGGCUUCCAUACAAAAAUAUUUGUCAGUGGAAACAAUCGGACAAGUUCGCAAAGCCUUGUGGACCUCUUGCUUCGGCCUAAUUUUAGUCUACACCAUAAACUUUUACACGGGCAUGAUCAUGGUGGCUCAUUACAAAGACUGCGAUCCCCUGGAGUCCGGGCAAAUAAGAGCGUCGGACGAAAUUCUACCCCUCUACGUAAUCACCACUUUGGGUCACUUUAAAGGAAUGACAGGAUUUUUCGUGGCCGGAAUAUUCGCCGCUAGUUUGGGAACGGUGGCAUCGGCGUUGAAUAGUUUGGCGGCGGUCACGAUGCAAGAUUUUCUUCAUAGCGCGUUUAAAAUUGAUUUACCCGAAGCUAAGGGUGCAUUUUGGGCCAAGAUUAUCUCCAUAAUUUAUGGAGCCAUCAGUUUUCUUUUAAUAUUCGUGGUGGCAAAUUUGGGCAGUGUAAUGCAAGUGGCUAUAAGCUUUAACGGCAUGGUUGGUGGAGUUACGCUGGGUCUUUUUUCGUUGGGGAUGUUUUUCCCGUGGGCCAACUCUAAAGGCGCUAUGUUUGGAAGUAUAAUAGCAUGUGCUUUAAUAACUUUAAUGUGCAUCGGGCAGCAAAUCUCAAUCGCCAAUGGUGUUUACGAUGAAGAGUCCAAGCCGACCAGUAUUGAACAUUGCGUCUGCUUGAAUACUACUUUAUUGUAUUCGAAUAAACCCGUGAUAGAGCAUAGAGAGAAGCCCUUAUUUUUGUACCGAAUAUCCUACAUAUGGUACUCGAUGAUCGGCUUCUUGGUGACAGUGGUGCUGGGCAUGAUUGGGUCAUUCGUGACCGGGUACCAAGACCCCAAAGAUGUGGACGCCGAUUUGAUAUCGCCGCCCGUAAUGAACUUUUUGAUGUCUCUAUCGAAUGCCACAAAAGAACUGUUAAAUCUACCUCUGAAACCGAACAAUACCAAAGACGUGCUCGCUUUAAAGGUUGUCCAGCCUAAAACGGUCGAGAGGAUAAGAAAAUUCUCGAAUCCCAUUUAG